GAAUUGACGGUUCGUAUUUAUUUGGUUGGCGAGUCGAUCGCCGUGCUAACGUAACGAGGGAUUAGUUUGUGCAAUUCUCAAUACGCGAGUCCAGUAAAUCCGUAAAAAAUAGCCUCACAUCACGUUUACUGUAGCAUGCUUUGAUCGUUCCCUCAUAUGCAGCAGACAUGGUUGAGCCGGCAACAGGCAAGUUUGCAUCCCUAGAAGAGGAGCUGGGCUUCUGGAAGGAGCAGGCAGAGAAAUACGAGCAAAGGGCUGAGGAGGCUCAGGAGGAGCUGCAGGAAUUCCAGCAGAUGAGUCGAGACUAUGAGGCGGAGCUGGAGACGGAGCUGAAGCAGUGUGAGGGUCGAAACAAAGAGCUGCUGCUGGAUAAUAACCGGCUUCGAGUGGAACUGGAAAGCAUAAAGGAGAAAUUCGAAGUCCAGCAGUCUGAUGCUUUCAGGCACAUAUCAACACUAGAGGAAGAGCUGGGACAGACCAAAGCAGUUAGAGAUCACCUGCAGAAGUAUAUCAGAGAGUUAGAGCAAGCCAAUGAUGACCUGGAGAGAACUAAAAGGGCUACUAUCAUGUCUCUGGAGGACUUUGAGCAGCGGAUGAACCAGGUCAUUGAGAGAAAUGCCUUUCUUGAAAGUGAGCUGGAUGAGAAAGAGAACCUGCUUGAGUCUGUUCAGAGGCUCAAGGACGAAGCUAGAGACCUUCGCCAGGAGCUGGCUGUACGACAGAAGGAGAGACGGCCAUCCAGCAGCCUGGGCAAAGACACAGAUCGUCCCGAUAUGGUGUGUUCCUCAGCGGGUAACCCUGUUACACCCUCCAAACCUAUCAGCUCAUAUGUCACAACCCCAGCUUCCAACAUCCGGCGAGGUGAUAAUCUAACAGGGACCCCCCUCACUACAUCUGCUAGAAUAUCUGCACUCAACAUCGUCGGGGAGCUACUGAGAAAAGUUGGAAAUUUGGAGUCCAAGCUGGCAUCCUGUCGAGACUUUGUGUAUGACACGUCUGUCAACAGGCCGGCGCUUACAGCUGGUCCUGGGAGUCCUUCGGGUUUAGAUGCAGGCCCAGAGCUCCAGGCUACCAGCCUGAGCCCUCCCCCUCAGUACGACAGUUUGGUGAAGCGGUUAGAGUUUGGACCGGCUCCUCCAAGAGGGCUCUCCCAGGGUGCCCAGUCUCCACAGGGAGGGGUCAAGAUACUGUUGUGAGAUGGGGAAGAAAAAAACUCUCUCCCCACCUUCCUCUCCCCACUCCCCCCUCUGCCCUAAACUUGGAUCUGAGCAGUCUUCCUUGUUGCCGUGUGUGCUGCUGAUUGUGGUUGCAUCGUGCCCUCACAGAGCAAAGAGAGAGAGGCUUCAUGCAUCAGCGCACAGACUUCUGCUCCCUCAGGCGACCGUAUCACAGAAGGCAGCACUACUCGCAGCAUAUCCACCAUGUGUCUGAUGCUGUGGUAGGUAGCAUCUAAAACAAACAAAAAAACUCAUGAUGGACCUUCUGUGUUUUCUGUGGUUGGAUCAAGUACAGCAGGGCUUUUUGAACAUUUCUGCUCCAAUGUUACUAAUUUAAUGCAUUGGCCUAGUCAUCAUUAUCCACAUUAAGGGACAGUUAUAUUAAUUAAAGGCCCUGGAAAGUGACCAAAAAACUGGAGUGGUGUUUAUGGAACAGAUGAGCAAAUAUUCGUGUUUGUGACCAAGUCAAAACCAAAGCUGUGAUCAAUCUAAAAAUUGAAAAAAACAAAACAAAAGCAAUGGGUUAGGCUUUUCUUUCUCUGAUAUUUUGUCGAGCUUUGAUGGUGGCUUUUUCUGUUUAUCAUUUUCCAUCAUGUAUGGAACAGGAUAGAUGGAUAUGUGGCAAAAUAUUUCCGACUGGGUGAAUGAAUGAGCUGAGAAUGAAUUACCGUAUUUUUCGGACUAUAAGCCGCUACUUUUUUCCCACGUUUUGAACCAUGCGGCUUAUAGCCCGGUGCGGCGUUUCUGUGGAUUUUUCUUUAACCACCAGGGGGCUCUUUAGCAGGAUAUG